CUGCCUUCCAUCAGUGCUAGCUUGGAACAACCAAUCAGAGCCGGGGGGCGGGGGUGCCUAAGCACUGUCAAUCACCCUUUGUAUGACGCUGCUAAUAUGACAAUAAGGAAGGCAGAAAGAGACAACAAAUUAGAGCUGCAUGUUAGACAAUACAAGGCCUGCAGUAAAGUUCAACACCCUCCUCCUUUCCCCAAUUUUAAAAAGUGAAUUUCAGAUUCUGCUGUGGCCAAACUACUCACUUACCUAGUAAUGGUGCAUGCAGUGCAGGCGUGAAAGCGCCCUAAGCAAUCCUAAGUUAUACGUUUUUUUUAAAUCAACAUUUCAAUCUAGUAAGCGUCCUGUGGUUUAACUUUGAACUACAGCCUGUUCUGUGAAUUCUACAGCAAUCACCCAUGUGCUUCAAAUAAAUGAUUCAGGACAUGUUUCAUUAGGACAAAUCUCGAACAGACUGAAUAUUUCAUAGCGUCUGUUUAGAUUCUCCUCCAGCACAGCGGUUAGAAAAGUUCAAAUGAAGCUGAUCUCAGAGGAGCAGCACUCCUGUCCGACUAAUCCCGAUGUUGUGAACCACUGGGCAGGCCGGGCAGCGGCGCUUCGGAGCUGACCGUAAGAGGAUAACAUCGGCACAAUCUCAGCACUUUCACGGUAACGUAAACGGAUUAGAAUGAAUUUGUUAUGCCAAGCAGAUGUUGAUGGCUAGUUGAUAGGUGGUGCUGCUGAUGGUGCUCCAUCAGCAGCACCACGAAAUAAAACUCCCUGUUAAGAUUAAAAUCGCGCACAGCAGCAAGGCAAUGACAGGAAAUCCCUAAAGGGAGGAGAGAAUGUGAGGAAAAACAUGCAACAUGUUUCGAUGUUUAAUUUUAGAAUGAUGGUAGGACUUGAUGUGCAUGUGGGACACAGUCAUAAAAUAAUGUGUUAUUUUAUUGCACUCUGUCUGUCUGGGGUCUUCAAACACAUAAAAGGCAUCGACUUAAAUGAAUCAGGACUUUCCCAGAGCAUUUUUCACACAGUCUAGUUAGGAUUUGACAUUUUUACGGUUAAGACUCUAGAUUUCAUUCAAUACAUAUUUGGGGAAAGACCAGACACUGUAACCGGUAAUGUGCUGUAUGAUGUGACUUGUAACAUACCUGGAAGAAGUAUUUUGAUCAACUACCUGGAAUUUAAAUGGUAAUGCAUCUGAAUCAGAAUAUAUUACCUUGUGCUGAACUAGAUUGACUUAAAUGAAAUGUGGUGGAGUUGAAUCAGAUGUUCCUUAUUAUGACAACCUAUAUUACAAUGACUAGAUGGAUAGAUAACUAGCUACAUUUUGGAGAAGUCAUACUUGAUGCUGAUUGGCUGUAUCCCCCAUAGCAGAAAUAAGGAGGACUAGAUGGUAGCUUAUGUUGCAGUGCUAAUGCAUAUUAAGUAAUAUUUGGUGUUUGAACUAUUAAAAUAGGCAGCUAUGACAAUUUUUAGAGGGUAUUAAGUAUUAAUAGAUUUUAGCUCUUUGCAGUUGACUUUGAUGUAAGAGUCCAGAAUACUGGGGGUCCACUGUAAAAUCAUGUUUUUCCAUUAUUCCCUUAUUUCUUUAAAUUAUUUUGCUCGAUCACUUUGUCCAUUCCAAACUACUAACUGCUGAUUCUAUCAUUAGGCAUUAAGAAAUAUAGAAAUUCUGUGUUAAAUUCUGCACUUCUUACACUUUUUGUCUCCUCAUUCUUGAUAGGAAAACAUUAGCCGCUUGUUUGCCAACAUGGUAAUAUUAAAAACACAAAGGUUUUCAGAGAAUGCAAACAAGUAGGGUCGCAACUAUGUACCUUGAGGUGUAUGCGAACACACUACAAACGUAAGAUCAUUGUUUGUGUGUGUGUGUGUGUGUGUGUGUGGGCGAGUGACGGGAGAGGAGAUGGAGUGGAAUGGCACCUAAUCAGUGCCCUGUUCCUUAUCAAAUCAUUUACACACACAAACAGCUGCUUAAAGAAAGAAAAUGCAGACAAGAAAUCAUCCUUCUGCCAAUGUUUGUCGCCCUGUCUGAUGCGACGCCCACCUUUUGCGCCACUGCAAACAAGUGUGGUGGAAACAGCAUUUUAGUAAUGUGUUUGGAAUUGCCAUCCAGUGAUAAAUUAGCACAAGUAGCUGAAUGCCGACUGUAAGAGGUUUGAGCUGUCCUCAGUCCAUCGUUGCCAAAGUGAGAAGAUGAAACCAGAAGUAUUCCCCCCCCCGCCCCCCGCUUUUUUAAAUCCGAUUAGGAAAUCUAAUGUGUUCAAAGUGUCGACAGAAUUCUCUCCUCUUCCUUCACAGCAUGCCAAAUUCAGAUCAUACUUUAUUCUUCUUUCUGGGGAGUGGGUGUGAAUACAAAUAGGUCAGUAGCCCAGCCCCCCAGCCUCCCGCCUCCCCUCUUUAACAGAGCAGCCAGCAACAGCAGCAGAGACGCCGUGACGUGCUGGGAGAGCGUAAUGCCACCAAGCCUGGAGCUGCCUCUCAGAACAAACGCACAACUGACAGCGCUGCCUCGCGCUCCUCCUGGCCAUCCUCUUCCUCCCCCGCUGUUUGCAGCCAGAAAACAGAGCGUGAGAGGCUGCCGAAUGAGGGGAGGCAAGAGAGGAGCAGGAAAAAAAACAACAAGAGGACUGGAAAGAGAUCGCAGGGAGAGAAGACAGCAUGCGUGAAUCAAAGAGAAAGAGUGCGGAGGAGCAUGAGAAUGGAAAGAGGAAGAGAAGCUGAACAGAGACAUGAAGCCCGUCCGAGCAUUGCUGCUUUGAUUUACACGACUUGAUUACGGUGAAAAGGACCCGCGGCUGCGGCUAACCGUCACCUACAGCCUCCUCCUUCUUCUUCUUCCUCCGGCCACAGGCAGCUGCAGCACGGCAGCGUCAGAAACCAGCCUCAGGGGGAUGGGGAGGGGGGACAAUGCAUCAAGACAGAUGGAGAGAUUGCAACACUCCAGCUCUUUACGCACGCUCAGCUGAUGUGUGGGGGGAGAGAGCGGCGGCUACACGACAGGCUGAACGCGUCGUUUUCCCACUCUGAAUAGCACGAUGGUGAAAAGCUAUCGGUCCGAGCUGCAGCGAGAAAACAGGAGGGUUCAUCAUGGGCUCUGGACGAAACGAGGGAGGAUGUGAGCCGUCCGAGCCUGCGCCGCACGGCUCUUUCACCAACGGAUAAGAAGGGAGGAAAGACCAACGGGGUAAUCUCUUGGUGUGGCCACAUAUGCAAGUUAAUACUGCAGAGUGAACAACCUGACACAAACUCUUCACUUCUGUGAUCAGAACAAUGCAGUGGAAACGGCGCCACUGUUGUACGCACACAGCCAAGCUUCUCUAUCUCCUCUCUCUGCUGGGAUUCUUCGUGUUUCUGGUCCACCAAGUGUGGCUCCCCAAGCUCUCUGGGAUCCCGUGGUGGAGGGGCUACCCUGUGGUGUACGGAGGCAUAGUGCUUCAAACUGCUAGGAGCAAAUGGAACGGCAGCACUGCGCACUCAGCGUGGAGGUUCGUGAUCGUUCCCCAGGGAACGUUGACGACCAAUGCCAACAUCAGCGUUUCUUUUCAUCAUGGCGACGCCGGCUUUGAGGGUAAUUUGACAGGCAACAGCAGCCAGAGCCAAAUGGGAGCUCUUAAUGCUAAUCUGACCCACGGACCUUUCCCUUAUGUCAUCAACGAGCCAGAUAAAUGCCAACAGAGCAAACUUGCCCCGUUUCUCAUCCUGCUAAUUGCCACCGAAGCUCGUCAGGUGGAAGCGAGGAACGCCAUCCGGCAGACUUGGGGGAACGAGAGCGUUUUCCCUUCCUUGGGAUUUAUCCGACUGUUUCUGCUGGGGAAGAAAGAUGGGGAGUUGGGACUUCUGCAGCAGAAGAUGCUGGAGGCAGAAAGCCGGAGGCAUCACGACAUCAUCCAGCAGGACUUCCUGGAUUCCUAUAAAAACCUGACGAUAAAGACUCUGAUGGGAAUGAACUGGGUGGCGACGCAAUGUCCGACAGCGAGCUACGUGAUGAAAACCGACAGCGACAUGUUCGUCAACACGGAGUACCUCGUCUACAAGCUGCUGCGGCCAGAUCUGAAGCCCAGGAAGAGCUACUUCACAGGCAACAACAUGAGAGGCUUCGCACCUAACCGGAACAAAAAUAGCAAGUGGUACAUGCCCCCCGAGCUCUACCCGGGUGAAAGGUACCCCACCUUCUGCUCCGGGACAGGGUACGUCUUCUCUGGGGACCUGGCUGAGAAAAUCUACCGGAUGUCACUGAGCGUCCGCCUCCUGCACCUGGAGGAUGUGUAUGUGGGGAUCUGCCUGGCCGAGCUGCAGAUCGAACCCACGCCUCCGCCCAACGGCUUCCUGUUCAACCACUGGCGGGUGUCAUACUCCAGCUGCAAGUACAGCCACCUGAUAACGUCGCACGGUUUCCAUCCCAACGAGCUGCUCAAGUACUGGCAUCACCUUCAGAGCAACAAGCACAACGCCUGCAUCGGCACGCUGAAGGAGAGGACGAGCAGGGCCCACUCCAGACUCCGGGACAAGCAGGCGCAUUUACUGAAACAGUAGCUGUUACCAUUGACCGUUACCAUUUGACAUUUUGUAAAUAAAUUUGCUUAAUGAAAACACGACACCUUUGCCAAACAAAUUGUUUUUUGGCAAGUUUUGGCGCUAGGAUGAAGUGGUAUUUUUGGUUAUGUUGAAAUUGGUUUAUUUGACAAAACUCCAAAGGAAACACUUUCGCGUCACACAAGUCACAUGAUCGACAACCAGAUGUCACUGGGGCAAAUCACGAAGAUAACAAGAAUUGGUAGGAGGAUCAUGGCGCCGCAUGUUUAAGGACUUAUCGUGUGAACAAAGUUAUUCAUGUGUGAUUUUAAUUGUGUUUAUGUUGAUGGAAACUUCACAAUUGAAAAAUGGUUUGUUUCUUUUUGACAAAGGUGGAAUAUUGACAGACUUUUGCGACUAUUUGUAAUGGAAGCGCAGCUACUGAUGGGUCCAUUUAAAACCUCCUGCUCAAUACUCAAAUGAUUCUCAUCUGUGAACAAACCUUACUUGCUAUGAUAUAAGACAAACAAAGCGUGUAAAACCUGGUAAAAUCCUGUGAAACUGUUGCCAUUUUUCAACUAAUAUCGUUUCUACUGGGCUGAUUCCCAGCAGAACGUCCAUGUACACGGUGCUGUGUCAUGAAAAAUAAAGGAUGAAAUGAACAAGCGUGCAGAUGAAACGUCUCUGUAAAAUGUUAACUCUGCUGUCGAGUUUGAUAAUCUUGUUGCUAUGGUAACGAGUCUGCAGGUAGCUAGCUGACACAUGUGAGAGAAUGGACAUCAGAAGUAAUUACACCCCCCUCCCCCUUUCUGUUUGUUUGUUUGCUUCCAUUUUUCUCAUCUUGGCUGUGCUCUUCAGCUGCACUUAUCUUCCUGAGAUGCACUGGACUGCAGUGACAACACUUCGCCACCAGUGGGCACAUAGAGCACGGUGAGCAGCACUCCUGACUCAGCGAGCCAACGGCAAUUAAGCGUAGCAACGGCUGGUCAGCGGAGGCGCUCACUGUCGCUCUCAUGUUUCCACAGCAUUUGUCAAAAUAAAAGAACCUGCGCAACACCACACUGAUUAAUUUUCAAGUGUGCAACACACAGAAAGUGAGGGGUGGGGAUUGGGUAGUUCUUUGAUGGGUUUUCUGAGUUAUUUUCCCUUUGCUGUGGCGCACUGCUCUAAAUUAAGAAGGUUUGAUUUAGUUAACAGAACCGUUCUACCGCCGCAGCGCGGCUACGGAUGGCGAGGAAAAGAAUCGUCUUUUUGCCUUCGCGAAAUUUCCGGAUGUAAACAAUAACAUAACAUGAACCGUGUCUAAACGUCAUCAGCUAAUGAUGAAUGAUAAACUUGUACGUAAAAGUUCUACCACUUUUCCUACAAAUGCAGUGGAAUUUUCACUUUUGAGUUUGUUCACACUGCAAUCUGUUAGCAGUGCAGUUGUUGUAAUUUAACUUACUUUAGCUGCUGCAGUGUUCAGAGCAGCUCAGCUCUGAGCGCUGGCUUUAGAGUCAGCAAGGUCAGCUGCCUGUCUGCAGCUCCCGUCGCACCACCGGUAAAAUUUUAGCUCAUAGCUGAGCUUCAAGUUACAUCGCUUCACAAAACGGGGAUGUGCUCCACGGUGGAGCCUCAACCUGCGCAGGAAUCCGCUGCUGAUGAAUGGUGGAUGCUCCGGUCGGUCUGAUUUGAUCACCGUCACGUCAUUCCAGAUCAAGUUUAGAUUUUUUCCUGCAUACUUUACAAAAUGCUUUUCGCUCAUUCCUUGUCUUUGAAUCUCGGAUCAUUGAGCCAAAGUUGUGAAAACUUAUAUUUUCCCACGGCGAAGCGCAAAAUAACUAGCUAGUCUCAACAGGUUAGGCGGUUAAAACACAACGCAUGCGCACAGCAGGUUGGAGUCUAUCAGUUACAGCUCAGGUUCUGCCAGUACAGCAGUUAUAAUUUUUCAUACAGAUUUUAGUAAAACGAACUUAAAACAAUAAGCGAGCAUCAAUG